ACUUUUAUCGGUUUACGCGUGAUUUGGUGAAAUAGAAACCACGAAUGGAAAUGCUCACCAUUUUCUCUGCUUCACGCCACCAUAAUUUCUUCACUUAUUCCAUUUCCAGAACUUUGAAUUCCGAUUCACUUCAAGCUUCGAUCUUCCCCCCGAAAUUCCAUCCCCUCCGUCACUCACUCCCCUUCCGCCUUCGUCCCAAUUCCACAACGCGCGGCCCACGUUGUAUCUCAGCCGCCCCCCGUCCACCUUCUCCGCCUGACUCGGACCCCCCAGGGCUAGUGGGAAAGUUAUAUAGAUUUAAGGAUCGUGCACGGAUCUUCUUUUCUGUUCUUUUCUGGUUGUCUUUGUUCUUCUGGUACUCUGCAUGGGAUGGAAGGAAUCCCGGUAAACCUACUAAAGGAUCUCGAUUUAGAAGAUAAUCUAGU